ACUGCUAACUUGGCAAUACAAAUAUGUGGUGUGUCAAAAUUGCCAAAUUCCUAUAAUUAAAUAGAUUAAAAAUGUGAAUUGUUAUUUUUAGCUUAUUUAUCACAAAUUCUUGAAAUGAUUUCUCCUUAACGAGCAUCGAAAAUGACUACCAGAAAUCCUACAACAUUAAUGUCAAUACCAAAUGAAGAGGCAUUCGAUUUUCUAUUCAAAAUUGUUAUAGUAGGUGAAUGUGGGACGGGAAAAACCUGUGUGGUUCAACGUUUUAAAAAUGGAACGUUUAUAGAAAGACACGGAAAUACCAUAGGCGUAGACUUUUCUAUGAAAACGGUAGUAGUAGAUAACAAAAAAGUGAAGCUUCAAAUUUGGGAUACAGCUGGACAAGAACGAUUCAGAACUAUAACUCAAAGUUAUUACCGUUCAGCUAACGGAGUUAUUAUUGUUUAUGAUAUUACAAAAAGAUCCUCUUUUUUAUCUGUAACCAAAUGGGUGGAAGAAGUGAAAAGGUAUUCUGGUAAUUCAGUACUUUUAGCAGUCGUUGGAAACAAAGCAGAUUUAGAAACAUUGAGAGAAGUCGAGUUUGAGGAAGCCGAAGGUAUCUGCCAGUAUAUGCCUGAUGUAUUAUUUGUAUUAGAAGCCAGUGCCAAAUCUAAUUCUAAUAUUGAAGAAGCUUUCAUGUAUCUUGCCACAGAAUUGAAGAGAAGACAUGAUAACGGAAUGUUGAUGCAAGACGAUGAUGAAGAUACUAUUAGAUUAGGGGAUACUAAGACAAUUACUAAAUGUAGCACAUGUACAAAAGGUUUGAUAUAAUUAUUUAUUUAUUUUAUUUACAUUUAUAAUGUAGUUUUUGGAUUUUAUUCAGGUGCCUUAAAAUGAACUGAAAUAUUUAUUAUUAUUUAUGUAUCACAGAUUUUGGUAUCUUCACAAUAAUGUUUUUAUUUUAACAGUUGAGGUGUAAUCAGUUUAAAAAAAAAUUAAUACUUAUAUCAAUAUAUUUUUGGUAUCCUUGGUAAUUUUGCUAAAAAAAUAUCAGAUCCUGUUGGAAACCAUCUCCAAGUUAAUCCCUGAUAUGUACAAGGUUUUUAGGGUAGAAACCCAGUUGUGAAUGAAGGAAAUUAACUUUCAUAAACAUGUUGAUAUCCUGCACCUUCCCCUAGUGAGAGUGCAGUAAUAUCGAGGUCAUUCAGCCCUUUUAUCAUAUAUGAGAUUUACUUUGGUCAAAACCAAAUUCAAGCAACUGAUUCCUUUGGAAUUUGGUUUAUGUAUUUUGAUUCGAUUUGGUUUCGAUGUUUCAUUAUAAUUUAUGGACAAAACAAAUUUCAAUAAUUUAGGUUAUGUCAACUAUUUCAAUGUUUUUAUUUUUUGAUUAUGUCACAACAUUUUUGUUGCUUAAAUUAAUUGAUUAUUUUUUAUAUAUUUUGAAAUUAUUUCUAAAAAGUAAACAAAACGAAUAUAUAGAAUUUCAUAAUAAACUAUUCUGACGAUCGUAUAACAAGGCCGUGACGAAUUUAAUCAUCUGUGACCAGUGUUGCCAGAUUUUUUUUGACUUUUCAAAUCUUCAAUAAAUUUCAAUUUCAAAUCCUUUAUGUAGAAGAAAAUUCGUCAAUUCCGGCAACACUAUCUGUUUUAUCCAAGGGUAUUAAAUAUUCUGUAGUUGCAUAUUGAUAAUAAAUUUGUUUAAAAUAUUUAAGUGCAAACUAAUUUUAUAUAAUUUUUUGAUAUUUUAAUUUCGUAUUUUUUUGAUAUUAUAUCGGAAUAGGAUUUUAUAAAGCUUUUUUUAGAUGUGAAUUGUAUCGUAGCUACACUACUGGAUGAAUUUAAAAUUAUAUUUUUAUUAGAUUCUUCCCUAGUUAUCGAAACUUAAAUUACUUCAUCUAGUUGAUAGGAAUUCCAACAAUUUGUUGUUAUAAUAGGUCAAGAUACAAUUUUGUCAAUUUACUAGUUUUUUCUAAACAGCAUAAUAGUUUUCUAAAAUCGAAUUCAGACGAAUUUCAAUCUCAAUAACAAUGUUAGUAUUGAGUCACCAUUUAUCAUAUUCCCCUGUAGAUGUGUAAAAUGGACAGAUCCGGCUUGGGCCUAAAUGAUAACAACAUUAUAAUGGAAUAUUUUCAGAGUCGUAUUUAAUUAAACGGUAUAAAUAUAUUAAUCCAGUUGUGUAGUUCUAUAUAAUUGUGAAUUUUAGAUUUUACAAGGUGAAUUUUGUAUUUAGAAUAAAACACGAUACGCUUAAUUUUUAGCAAAUCUGUGAAGUAUUUUAAUCUAUAUACUCAUUUUAUAUAUGAUUACGAUAAAUAAAUACGUUAAUUUAUUA